AUGUCUGGUUCCUCAAGUGUCACCGCUAUGAAGAAAGUGGUUCAGCAGCUCCGGCUGGAGGCCAGGCUCAACCGCGUGAAGGUUUCCCAGGCAACUGCAGAUUUGAAACAAUUCUGUCUCCAGAAUGCCCAACAUGACCCCCUGCUAACUGGAGUAUCUUCAAGUACCAAUCCCUUCAGACCCCAGAAAGUUUGUUCCUUCUUGUAAUGAAAUGAAUCUUUGAAGAAACCCUGCGAUGUGUCUGCUUAAUUGAAAGUAUUUUAUAAACUGCCAUUUAGAUGGAUGCUGUAAAAUACAAGAUGUACUGCUGUUCAAAAAAAUAAAAAACUAUUGU